AUGAUAUGAAGGUGUCUGAAAGAUCCAACCAACGAAGGAAGCAAUUUACUUUCACACAUAAAUGAAUACAGUUGGACUGUGUCGUAUUAAUCUUAAAUUAAUCCACUCUCUGACCUUACAAAUUUAACACUUUCCCUUCUUUUCCUUCUUUCCUUUCUUCCAUCUUCUUCUACUUUUACUCUUUCCUCUCUCUCUCUCUCUCUCUCUCUACACUCAAUUUCUCCGGCGACGCGUUUCCCUUUCUCUCUCUUGUUGACUUCUCCGAUCACCUCCAUGGGGCAUUGCUGCAGCAAAAACAUCGCCGUCAACAACGAGACGCUCCCCGCCGAUCACGCCCCCAAGCCGCCGCAUUACGCGGCGGCGGUGGCGGCUUCUCCGCUGCCGCCGUCGGGGAGCUCGGUCUCCGCCGCAACUCCCGGGAGGAACACGCCGGCGCAAUCGUUUUCCAUGAGCCCGUUCCCGAGUCCCCUCCCGGCGGGCAUGGCGCCGUCGCCGGCGAGGACGCCUGGAAGGAAGUUCCGGUGGCCGCUGCCGCCGCCAUCGCCGGCGAAGCCGAUCAUGGCGGCGUUGCUUCGGCGGCAGGGGAAGGCGAAGCCGAAGGAGGGGCCCAUACCGGAGGAGCAGGGGGAGGGUGGCGGCGGCGAGGGUGAGAGGUCGCUCGAUAAGAGCUUCGGUUAUGGGAAGAAUUUUGGGGCGAAGUUCGAGUUGGGGAAGGAAGUGGGUCGAGGGCAUUUUGGUCAUACGUGUUGGGCCAAAGGGAAGAAGGGUGACCUCAAGGGACAAUCUGUUGCUGUUAAAAUCAUAUCCAAAGCUAAGAUGACUUCAGCAAUUGCAAUCGAAGAUGUAAGGAGGGAGGUGAAAAUGUUGAAAGCCUUAUCUGGACAUAAGAAUUUGGUCAAGUUUUAUGAUGCAUUUGAGGAUGUCAACAACGUUUACAUUGUUAUGGAGUUGUGUGAGGGUGGAGAAUUACUUGACAGAAUUCUAGAUAGAGGUGGAAGAUACCCAGAGGAUGACGCUAAAGCUAUUCUUGUACAAAUUCUAGAUGUAGUUGCGUUUUGUCAUCUACAAGGAGUAGUUCACCGUGAUCUAAAACCAGAGAAUUUUCUUUUUGUCUCGAAAGAAGAGGAUGCUGUGAUGAAAGUUAUUGAUUUUGGGCUAUCUGAUUUUGUUAGGCCAGAUCAACGCCUCAAUGACAUUGUUGGCAGUGCCUACUACGUUGCACCUGAAGUGCUCCAUAGAUCUUACAGUGUUGAAGGAGACUUAUGGAGUAUUGGGGUUAUAUCAUACAUAUUGUUAUGUGGAAGUAGACCAUUUUGGGCACGCACUGAAUCAGGAAUUUUCCGGUCUGUCUUGAGAGCGAAUCCUAACUUUGAUGAUUCACCUUGGCCAUCCAUAUCACCAGAAGCUAAAGACUUUGUGAAGAGACUUCUGAACAAGGACCACAGGAAAAGGAUGACUGCUGCUCAAGCUUUAGCUCACCCAUGGUUGAGAAACGAAAAAAAUGCUAUUCCUUUAGAUAUUUUGAUAUACAAGUUAGUAAAGUCAUAUGUGCGUGCCUCACCUUUGAGACGUGCAGCAUUGAAGGCUCUUGCGAAAGCAUUGACCGAAGACGAGCUAAUAUACCUUAGAGCGCAGUUUAACCUCUUGGAGCCUAAAGAUGGCUGCAUUUUACUUGAGAAUUUUAGAGUUGCUCUCAUGAAAAAUGCAACUGAUGCCAUGAAGGAGUCAAGGGUCCCUGAAAUUUUAAAUUUGAUGGAGCCACUCUCCUAUAAAAAAAUGGACUUCGAAGAGUUUUGCGCUGCUGCAAUCAGUGUAUAUCAGCUUGAAGUUCAUCAAGAAUGGGAUAGAAUCGCUACCACAGCUUUUGAGUAUUUUGAGGAAACAGGAAACCGGGUCAUUUCAGUUGAGGAGUUGGCUCAGGAGAUGAAUUUGGUUCCAUCAGCCUACUCUUUAAUGGGUGAUUGGAUCAGAAAAUCUGAUGGAAAACUCAGCUUGGUCGGAUAUACAAAGUUUUUGCAUGGUGUCACAAUGCGUAGUUCAAAUACAAGACACCGACAGCUAGUAUAACUAAAAGGGAGAUUUUAUUAUUAUUAUUAUAUUUGUUGAAAUUAGUUUGUGUCUUUUUUCUUUCUUUAAUUUGAAUUGAAAGGAAAAAUGGUACGGAGGGUCUUAGCAAUUUUUUCGGGGGGUUUUCGGGAGUGGAUCAUGGAAAAACAGAGCUAACAUAUUGUUUUGUUUUGUUCCUCAUGUGAUUUGCGGUGCAAAGCAAAAAUCUCCUAUUUUACUUGUGAGCCAAAAUGCCACUUGCUUUCUUGUAACAUUUCGUGUGAAUAUUAAAGACGCAUCUGUAUGGGUCUAACUUCAUCGUAUUGUAACAAUGCCGCAGUAUUUUUAAGAAGGUUUAGGUAGUGCAAUGCGGCGGUGAACUUGGAUCAAUUUCUUCCAUGCCUUGUGAAUAUUAUCUAUUUGGUCUAAAAAAAUCCUUGUUGAAAACCAUGCACGUUUCUCGUUUUAGCACUAGUCAAAACUCGAGACGUGCUCGUAAAUGAUUACCUGAUUUCUUA